AUGGCCGCUUCGGGAACCUACGGAUUGUCCGCCAGGGAACCCGUAGAAGGGGACAUUUCAGUUUUAGCACCAAAGUUAGUUAUUCGACUGAUCGUAGCUCAUAGUUUGCGAAUAGGAAGCAAGGCUUUCCUGGAACAAUCCGUAGGUCCUAUAUUCAAACAUCGCUUCCUGAUCGAAAACCAUGAAAAACAGCGCAAACUGGAAUGCUUUCUUCUAUUGGUUCCCCUGGGGCAGUUGACAUUGUCGUCGUCCAUCAUCAUGUCUGCUGCUGAUCGGAAACUGCGCGGUUUGAAGAACCGCAAACGCAGCAUCAUCACAUCUUUCGCGGCGAUUCGGACAUUCGUAUCCAGCUACAAGGCCGAGAAGGACAAGUGCGAGGUUCCAGUGCGGUUGGAGAAUCUCAUCGACCUGUGGAAGGAGUUCAACACUGUGCAAACGGAGUUGGAGACUUUGGAGGACGACGACGAGGUAUUGGAAGCAUACUUGAAGGAACGCACGGAAUUCGAGAACGCAUAUUAUCGUGCAAAAGAUCACUGGGAUGUGUUACUGAUUCAUCUGCUCAGCACACGGUUGGAUUCCUCAACAAGGCGCGACUGGGAGGAUUUUGCGGAGACAAACGAGUGUACGAAGUUUCAUCAGCUGAUCGAGUUUCUGCAACGGCGAGUCAACGUGCUGGAAACGGUGAAGAAUAAAUCCUAUGAGUCAGCAGCGAUCAGCAAGAAGCCCAAUCCUCCACGCACUGGAAGUCAUGGAGCUGUACAGCAAGGAUUUCGCUCAUGUCCAGUGUGUUCCAGUCAGCAUUUUCUGUACCAGUGCGAGUCGUUUGCGAAAAUGACGGUCAAUGAGAAAGAAGUAUUCGUACGACGAAACAAACUAUGUCGGAAUUGCUUACGCCGCGGUCACAUGGCGAAGGAUUGCUCUUCCGAAAGCUACUGCCGCAAGUGCAGAGGUCGUCACCAUACUCAGCUGUGCUACGUGUCUAAAUCUGAUUCCACCAGCAACGCGGCCAGCAGUCAACCAGCUUCGGUCAACCAAUUAGUUUCUUCCAGUGCUCCCAGCCAACCCAGCAUGCCCAGUGGGUCGCAAACCUCAACUCCAAUCGUGCACACGGGAAUAACAAGCUGCAUUUCCUCCGAUGGGUCGAGAACAAAGGUGUUGUUGGCGACAGCAAUAGUUAUGAUGGUAGACGAUGAAGGUUCAGAACAUCCAGUUCGGGCGUUGUUAGAUUCGGGGAGUGAAUGUUGUUUCGCAACAGAGCGAGUUGCCCAGCGGAUGAGAGUUCAUCGAUCAAGAGUAAAUCUACCGAUUGCAGGGAUCGGUCAAGCCUCCACUGAAGUUCGCUGCAAAUUUCUAGCAACGGUCAAGUCCAGAGUAUCAAGCUAUUCAACCACCAUUGAAGCAUUCGUUCUGCCCAAGGUUACUAUCGAUUUACCAUCGAUAUCUGUCGACGCAUCGAGUUGGACUCUACCAACAGGAAUCCAACUGGCGGAUCCAUCCUUUUAUCAGUCAGGAGCGGUUGAUUUGGUGUUAGGCGCUGAAGUAUUCUUCGACCUUUUCAACGUCGCAGGUCGCAUUCCUCUGGGCGACACACUUCCUCCGUUAAUUAACUCGGUAUUUGGGUGGGUGAUCAGUGGCAAAACUCCCCAAAGGCAAUCGAGGUCGCCCAUUACAUGCAACGUUGCUACUACCGCAGACAUCCAGCGCAGCAUGGAGAAAUUUUGGAAAAUAGAGGACGAUGCAGCAAUCGCAUAUUCACCCGAGGAAGCCUAUUGCGAGAAGUUCUUUCGUGAGACGACAGUUCGUGGAGAUGGUGGAAGGUACAUCGUGAGAAUCCCGUUCAAAGAUGGCGCUUUAGACAACCUGGGUACCAACAGAAGGACAGCGUUUCAUCGUUUCCGACUAAUUGAGGCUCGUCUAGGUCGAGAUCCGAAUUUGGCAGCAGAAUAUCGGAAGUUCAUGGACGAAUAUGAGAAGCUAGGACAUAUGAAGCGCGUUGAUGAAUCGGAAGCAACGCUAGGACCAGCAUACUUCCUUCCUCAUCAUCCUGUCAUCCGUGAAGAAAGCAGUACCACUAAAGUAAGGGUGGUCUUCGAUGCUUCCUGCAGAAGCACAACAGGAGUGUCCUUGAAUGAAGUCAUGCUAGUGGGACCGGUCGUUCAAGAAGAUUUGCGGUCCAUUAUAAUGCGUUCUCGCCUGCAUCCGGUCAUGCUCAUCGCCGAUGUCGCCAAGAUGUAUCGGCAAAUCACACUUUCUCCCGACGAUAGUCGACUCCACUUGAUUUUCUGGCGUGCUUCACCUUCGGAUACCAUACAAAUAUACAAGCUGCUCACAGUGACGUACGGAACUGCUUCCGCUCCGUAUCUGGCCACACGAGUGUUGAAGAAGCUUGCAGAUGACGAGGAGAAAAACUAUCCACUGGCAGCUAGGGCAACCCGGGACGAUUUUUACGUGGAUGAUUUCUUUUCCGGUGCUAGAUCAGUCGCUGAAGCAGUCAAACUUCGGAAACAGAUGGAGGAAAUGUUCAACUCUGCUGGAAUGCAGUUACGGAAAUGGGCAAGCAACAUUCCAAGUGCACUUCAAGGAGUUUCGAACGAUAAUCGUGCUCUGCAGUCUUCGGUGGAAUUCGACAAAGACCAGUCCAUCAAAACUCUGGGUUUACACUGGGAACCCCACUCAGAUCAGCUCAAAUACCUCGUUCCAAAAGCAAUUGUUGAUCCAGCCGCAGUCGUCACCAAACGCUCUGCACUCUCUUGUAUUGCAAGGUUGUUUGACCCACUUGGUUUGGUUGGGCCAGUGGUAGUUCGUGCCAAAAUGUUUAUGCAGGCAUUAUGGGGUUUGCAAGACGACAACGAUAACCAAUACGACUGGGACAAGGAAUUGCCAGAUAUGAAGGAUCAGUGGCAACAAAGUAUCCCGCGACUGGAACUCUGUGGUGCUCUUCUGUCUGCUGAACUCUACGUGAAGGUUGCAGCGGCGCUGCGAAUAACAUCCAACGCAUACUUCUGGGUGGACUCCACUACGGUUUUGAGCUGGCUGAAGGCUACUCCGUCAACGUGGUCAACGUUCGUUGGGAAUCGCGUGUCGAAAAUCCAACACAAGUCACAGAACUGUGAGUGGAAUCAUGUGGCGGGUCGUGAGAACCCAGCUGACGUUAUUUCCAGAGGACUUGCAGCAGCGGACUUAAUGGAAUGUGAAAGGUGGUGGCGAGGUCCUUCAUGGCUUCGCUGCGAUAAGGAUGCGUGGCCAAUUCCAGUAGAUGGCGGUAUCGAUCAGGAAGCUUUCAAAGAAGCAAGAAAAUCGUCACACAUAACCGCUUCUCCAUCGCCAACUUUCGCCGAAGAUUACGUGAACCAGUUCUCCAAUUUCCAGCACAUGCUUCGCAUAACCGCAUACUGGCGACGCUAUUUUGCUAAUUUACGGCUACCGAUGACCGAACGAGUUGUUUCUUCGCCAUUAACUACAGUUGAACUACAGGGUGCGGAGCUAGCAUUGAUACGGCUAGUACAGAUGGAUUCAUUUCCAACAGAGUUGAAGGCAGUUGAAGCACAGCAGUUGGUAUCAUCACGCUCACGUCUUCGUUGGUUCAACCCGUUGAUCGAUUCCGAUGGCGUUCUUCGUAUCGGUGGGCGAAUUGGUCGCUCUGCACAAUCCUACGAUUCCUGUCACCAGAUUCUGCUCCCAGGUUCACAUCCGUUUUCAUCACUUCUUGUUCGAUGCCAACACGAGCGUUUGCUUCACGCAGCAACACAACUUCUUAUGAACACUAUUCGUCUGCGAUACUGGAUUCUGGGAGGCAGAAACGUUAUUCGGCGCGUCGUCCAUCGUUGCGUCACAUGCUUCAGAGCUAAACCAAAGGUAGUAGAGCAGUUCAUGGCUGAACUUCCAGUACAACGAGUUACCGCCUCUCGCCCGUUUUCCAUCGUCGGUAUUGAUUUCUGGGGACCAAUCUACCUUAAACCUCGUCACCGUAGAGAUUCGCCACCAAAAGCUUACGUCGCUGUAUUCAUUUGCUUCAGCACGAAAGCUGUGCAUUUGGAGCUAGUCGUGGACCUAAGUACGGCUAAGUUUUUGCAAGCUUUCCGCCGUUUCGUUGCUCGCAGAGGUCUGUGCGCAGAAGUCUUUUCAGACAACGGGAAAAACUUCGUGGGAGCAGCCAACGAGCUUCGCAGGUUGUUGCGUGCCGAAUCGUUCCGACAAUCGUUCGCGAGUGAAUGCUCCAAUAACGGAAUUCACUGGCAUUUCAACCCGCCGCGUGCAUCCCACUUCGGAGGUUUAUGGGAAGCGGCAAUCAACUCGGCCCAGAAACAUUUUGUAAGAGUUUUGGGAGAUCGCAAGUUACCAUUCGACGACAUGGAGACACUUCUCGUUCAGAUAGAUACUUGUCUCAACUCACGCCCUCUAACGAAGCUCUCCGACGACCCGUGCGUCGUCUCACUCCGUAUCAUUUCCUCAUCCGUUCAUCGCUUCAAUCCGUCCCAGAUGGCGACUAUACAUCAAACCAAUCGGCUACACUCGUGGCAGCAAAUCCAGAAAUUACUCCAAGAUGUUUGGAAACGUUGGCAUGUGGAGUACCUACAAUCUCUGCAGCCUCGAAGUAAGUGGCUGAAACAAUCCGUUCAGCUGAAAGAGAAUCAGCUUGUCAUCAUCGUUGAUGAGAACCAGCCGCCAAUGCGUUGGCCUAUUGCACGUGUCAAGGAGCUGCAUCCAGGGAAGGAUGGAGUAGUUCGAGUGGUUACUCUGCAAACCACGUCUGGUUUGCUAACUCGACCCACGGCGAAAAUUUGUAUUUUGCCAAUUCCGGCAACGGUCGAUGAUCAAUCAGCUGCAUCGGCAGCAUCGCAAUCAGGCUAG